AUGGCACAGUGGACAAUACUUCUGUUUUCUUUAUACGGAGCUCUGCAUGGACAAGAGAAUCAGCUUCCUAUUGAACACGAGUGCUGUCAGAAUGGGAAGGACUGGGCCCAGGAAAGACAUGACUGUACAUACCUCCCCGUCAUCUCCUCCUCCUCCCACAGCUGCAGGCUCACCCAGGAGCAGUGCUGUGCAGCAGCAGUAGGAGACCGACUCUGUGACAAUGGCAUCGAGGUAGCCAAGGGGCAAAGUGCCUGUUUCAUGUCCUUCUUCCGAGGAGAAUUCUGGGAAACCCAAAUCUCUAAGAUGUGCUGUGACUGCUGUGUGAUCGGCCUGAUCACACUGAACAAGGGCUCCAGCUGCGAGUUCCAGGGGUUGUUGAUGGACAGAAAGUGUUCGUACACAGCUAAAGCCUGCUGCGACAACAGCACAGCAGUAGAAACUGAACCCAAUACAAAUGCACCAGUGACAGUAAUGCCUCAGGCCAACACUACGGCCGAGCCUCAGGGGGGAUCGGACCCCUGUACAGACUCCAAAUGCUCCCACUUGUGUGAUGGUUACGGUAUGUGUGCGUGCCUUGGUGGUUAUCAACUGCAAGAGGAUGGAGUGAAUUGUGAAGAUGUUGAUGAGUGCCUGACUGGCAGUCACAACUGCGUCUUUGGCCAAGUUUGCAUUAACAUGCUGGGUUCCUUCCAAUGUCAGACGAAAACCAGCUGUAACACCGGGUAUGAACUCAAAGACUACAAAAAAUGCCAAGACAUAGAUGAGUGUACUUUGGGGACACAUAACUGUGGACCAAACGUUUUGUGCACCAACACACAAGGCUCGUUUUACUGCUCCCAAAAGAGGAGGUGCUCAGGCGGUUUUAUUCAGGACGCCGUCGGCAGCUGUAUCGAUGUAAAUGAGUGUGUGGCCCAUACCAGUACCUGCCUGCCUGGCCAGACUUGUAUGAACACAGUGGGCUCCUACACUUGUCUAAGGAACACAUACACCUGUGGACGAGGCUAUCAUCUAACUCAGGACGGCACGCUUUGUGAAGAUGUGGAUGAGUGUCGUACAGGGAAUGUGUGUGGCGGCCAUGUUUGUGUCAACCUGGUGGGCACGUACCGCUGUGAAUGCAGAAUUGGCUUCUUCCGCAACAGUAUAACCAAACGGUGUGAAGAUAUCAAUGAGUGCAGGCAUUAUUCCGGACGACUCUGCGCCCACAUGUGUGACAACACACAGGGGUCUUACCAGUGCAGCUGCGCCACUGGCUUCAAACUGUCCCACGACGGCAGAAGCUGUGACGAUGUCAAUGAGUGUGCAGCCAAGCCUUGCAGCCAGUCGUGUUCAAAUACCCAUGGCUCGUACCAGUGCUACUGUCGCCGUGGUUACCAGCUGAGUGACAUCGAUGGGAUAACGUGUGAAGAUAUUGAUGAGUGUGCUCUGCCUGCUGGACGUCAUGGGUGUUCCUACAGCUGCACCAACGCCCCAGGAAGUUUUUACUGUACCUGCCCACCCACAGGCUACACCACCACACAAAAUGGACACACAUGCCAAGACAUUGAUGAAUGUGCAGUCGGGACCCAUACCUGUUCUGUCUCUGAAACCUGCUUCAACAUCUUGGGAGGAUUUCGCUGUCUGUCCUUGGCAUGUCCUCAAAGCUUCCGGAAAGCAGGGCACGUCCGAUCCAGAAAAGAUGCUUCAGGGAAUGGGCGUUGUGUUAAGGUCUGCCAACCUAACAACGUCGGCUGCCGUCUCUCUCCCAUCCACUUCCUCUCCCACAUCUCCAUCUCUCUGCCAACCUUCCAUGGAGACUUCCGUGGACCACAAGAAAUAGUUUUCCUGCGGACAGUUGCAGUGGCUAACCCUGUUCCUGUACCCGGUGCCACCGAUGUUUACUUUAACAUCCUGGUUACAGAUGACCAGUUCUCCUUUGAUGUGAUUCAGCGUUCCCACCAGGGCAUGCUCGUGGGUGUGGUUCGUCAGGUGAAACCUAUCUUUGGCCCCAGGGACCUUGAGUUGCAGGUGGCUAUGAACUAUUUCAAGUCAGGUGUUGUUUCCAAAUGCAACAUUUUCAUCAUCCAGGUCUUCAUCUCUGAGUUCUGGUUCUGAGCUUAUGAAUUGAAC